AUUAUCCAAUGGGUUUGAUUGCAGAAAACGGCUGUGACUUGAAAAUUGGUGGUGGUUCUGAGUGGCGUUGUCUUUUAUCCUCAGCAGAAACUGAAUGGAGAGAAGAGUUACUUCCUGUAUUGCAAUAUUUUACGGAAAGGACUCCUGGUGCAUAUAUCGAAAGAAAGAAACAUUCGGUUACUUGGCAUUUUCGCGAUGCCGAUCCAGAAUUUGGUUCUUGGCAAGCAAAUGAAUUACAGUUGCAUUUGGCUGAACUCUGCAGUAAUUUGCCGAUUGAAGUCAACUCUGGUCCCAAAUAUUUAGAGUUGCGUCCAAAGGGAAUUAGCCGUUCAACAACGGUCGAACAAUUGUUCUCAAUAUUGCGUGAAGAAAAGCGAAUGAUGAUAGAUUUCUGUUUCUGUCUUGGAGUAGAUCGUGCCUCUGAAGAAUUAUUCAACUUGAUACAUAACCUGAAAGAUAAAGUAACCAAUGACAGAAACUUUUCCUGGAAGAUGGAUAGUAUUUGUUGUGCGGUGGGUUUACAGUCAAGUAAUGCAGAUGCUUAUAUUCAAGAUGUUGAUGGAGCUUUGGCAGUUGUUCGAGAAUUGUCUAGUCACAUAUCCACAAUAACUGUGGAUAACCAUCUGAGGGCUCAUACGAACGCUUUGAGUCAUGUACAUAAACCACGAAGACGACCCAGUGUCAGGAAUCAACAGAAUAUAGAAUAACCGAACUGACGACUUGAUAAACUGACUUUAAGACUCCAGUUGAAAACAG